GUCCAACGAGACCGUUAACUUUUGUGCUUAGCCAGUUACCUACCGCCUGGGAUACAGAUCGGAUGUUUUUGGGGGGAGGGUGGGAGUACGACGGACAGUUGCAACGCUGCGCAAUCAAUGGUACGCAGACGUCUGAUCAGAAGAACGGUCUUGGCCAGGCCGAGCACAGAAAACGGCACAGCACCAGCCACCUCUUUCAGGGGUAGGCCGAGUCUAACUCUCCAUACCCCGGCCUUGGGACUGACAGCUGACAGUGGAGUGCGCCGUCACUACUCCCACUCAUCACAUCCCACCAUACCCCGCCCGCGGAACGCCUCCCCUUGGGCAGAGGUGUUUAAAGCAAAAUGCGGAUUGACGAUGGCUGCCCAAUGGGGGCCGGACAUGCGAGGCCGCAUCCCUCUCUCUCUGACACCGUCGGACCGUGUUCCUUGCAUCCUGUCCCUUCCUCUCGUCCCUCUCCCUCUCCCCCCACCCCCACCCGGGGGCUCUCGAUCUGACACUCCUGCUUUCUUGGUUCGGGACACAGACGCCUGCGAGGAGAAAUCUAGGAAGGCGCCAAUCCAAUAGAUCUGAAGCAUAACGACUAUGGCGACACCGCCGCGGCUCCAGGAGAGGUUCCCAGCCAGGUUUUGCCGUUCGCUGGGACCAGGCUGUUCGACGAUUUCC